CGCCAAAGCACUCUCAAGCAACAAACGAGUACAUAUAACACUGCAUGCCCAGACUCUCGCCCAACGUCGCCCGCAUCGCACUCUCCUCCCUCCGAGCUCCACCUAGGCCCAUCCCCCGCGCCGCUAUCGCUUUCGCCAGGCCAGCAGCCACCACACUCGCCAUCACCCUCCCCUUCUCGUGGUUCGCCAAGGAGAAGCCCCUUCACGAGAGUCACCUACCCACCGAACAGGAGACAACAGCAGACAUGUCAGACAAGGUCCAGAAGACGGAUAGCGAGUGGAUCGCCCAGCUCAGCCCCGAGCAGUUCCGCGUCCUCCGCCAGGGUGGCACCGAGCGUCCCGGCUCGUCGCCUCUCGACAAGAAGUUUGACGCUGGCACGUACCACUGCGCUGGCUGCGACGCCCCGCUGUACACCUCCAAGACCAAGUUCAACUCGGGCUGUGGCUGGCCUGCGUUCUACGACACUGUUCCCGGCGCCGUCGUCCGCCACGAGGACAACUCGCUCGGCAUGACGCGUACUGAGAUCGUCUGCGCCAAGUGCGGUGGUCAUCUUGGACACGUCUUCAAGGGCGAGGGCUUCAACAACCCCAUCGACGAGAGGCACUGUGUCAACGGCAUCUCGCUCAACUUCAAAGAAGAGGAGAAGAAGUAGAGGUUAGGAGCAUGUUAGGGGCAUAUUUGAGUGGUG